CUCCCUCCCACGCGGGGCCGGGCGCUGGAUGCGCCGUGGGUGAUUCAUCCUGCUUCAUCCCCCCCCCGCUCCGCGCCGCUUCCCUUCCCCGCGCCGGCAGCUGCCAAAAAUAGCGCCGCAGGAGCGGGGAGGGCGCGGGGGACCCUCCCCGACACCCCCCCGCCUCACCGGGAUGGCGGCAGCGGGCCGCUGUGCCCGACACCCCCGUCCCCGGGGCCGCGCGAACCGGGAGCCGGAGCGGAGGGAGCCCGCGCUCCGGUUGUCACGUCACCCGGCUCCACCGCCGUCCCUGCCCUCGCUGCCCUGAGCCCGGCCAUGCCCAGCCCCGUCCGCCGCCCCCCGAGCGCCGCCGUGCCUCCGGGGCUCCCCAUGAUCCCGGCCGAGGGCUCGGCGCUGCUGCGCGCCGUGUCCCAGGGGAAAUUCCGCCUCACCCGCCUGCUGCUGGAAGGAGGAGCUUACAUCAACGAAGGCAACGCCGCGGGCACCACGCCGCUGAUGGCAGCGUGCUGCGCCGGCUACGCCGACCCUCCGGAGCAGCCGCGGAUGGUGCGGUACCUCCUGGAGAACGGCGCCGACCCCAACAUCCCCGACAAAUCCGGGAAGACGGCUCUGAUGCACGCCUGCUCGCAGCGAGCCGGCCCGGCCGUGGCCGCCGUGCUGCUGGAGCACGGAGCCGACCCCAGCGCCCGCGAUUACUCGGGGGGCUCGGCGCUGCUUUACGCCUUGGAGCGAGGGGACCGGGAGACGCUGCAGGUGCUGCUGGACGCGUGCCGGGAGCGAGGGCGCGAUGUCAUCAUCAUCACCUCGGCCACGUCGCCCUGCGGCACCAAGACCACCCGGCAGUACCUGAACUCGCCGCCCUCGCCCGCGCUCUGCGCGUCCCCGUCGCAGGUGCAGGUGCGGGCGGCGGCGUCGCCGGGCGCCGCCGGCUCCAGGGAGGAGGAGAGCGACGUGUUCCGCUUCCCGCCCGCUCCCGAACGCAACCGGGCCGGGCACAAGAGGCAGCUGAAGAGGCUGAACUCCGAGCCCUGGGGGUUAACGGUGCCCGCCGCGGCGGCGGAGGGGAUGCGGGGUCACCCCGAGGAGACGCGGGGGAGCCCGGAGGGGACGCGGGGACCGCCGGAGGGAGCGGGGAGACCCUUAGAUGAGACGCGGAGAUCCUUGGAGGGGACGCGGGGUUCCUCGGAGGGUUCCUGGGGUUCUCCCGAGGGCUCACGGGGGUCCCUGGAAGGGGCCUCGGUCCCCGCGGAGCGGCUGGCGGUGGGGCUGGAGGGGCUGAGGUUGCGCCCGCGCCGGCACAGCGUGGAGGGCCGGGAGGUCUCGGGGCUGCCAGGAUCCACCUGGGCAGAGCGGGUUCCUCCCGUGCCCGCCCCACGGGGAAAACCCCUGCGCCGGGACCCUUCCUCCAGCGCCGAGCUGAGCGUGCCCGGGCCGCUGCGGCACCCGGCCGCGCUGCUGGAGCGCCGCGGCUCGGGAACGCUUCCCCUGGAGCCCCCGGGGCCGGGCAGGGCCGGGCUGCUCCCGCCGCUGCCCCCGCGGGCGCUGCUCCGCCGGCACUCCAUGCAGCCCGAGGCCCUGCGGCACCUCGGGGCUUUCUGCGGGCCGCUGGGGCCCGAGCCCGGCUCGUAGGGAUCCCCCCAAGGGAUCCCCGAAAUCCAGGAUCCCCUCGGGAAGGGCGGGGGCACCGCUUGCUCCCAGCCUCGCUGAGG